AUGAGCUCUGUUGAUGCCAUGGCUGCUAGACUAGCCACAUCUCUUGCUAUCGCUGAAGGCAAGAGGCAGAUUGAUUUGCGCCCAACACAUGGCCAAGGUUUAAGACAAGCAAACGUGUUCUUGGUGGGCAAACUUCUCACAGCCCGCGACUACAAGAUCAAGUCUUUCAUGGGAAUAUUCCGCAACGCCUGGAGGAUUAAUGGAGCGUUGCAAGUGGAGGAAGCGGAGGAGCAGAGAGUGCUGUUCACGUUGUCGGACCCUGCGGAUCGAAUGCGGGUCUGGCGUGGUGCGCCAUGGGGUUAUAACCAUGCUCCAGUGGCGUUGGCGUGGUAUGACAGCAUCAUGCCAGUUGCAAAAGUCCCCCUGAACAUGGCGUCCUAUUGGAUAACCCUCCAGGAGAUCCCGUCGGCGUUCCGGUCGGAAAGAGUUAUUACUAUGAUUGGCUACACCUUGGGGGAUUUUCAGAAGAUCGACAAGAAUGACAAGAAGGCCGGGAAGCUUCGGAUUAGGGUUGAGAUCCCAUUGAAUAAACCAUUGCCGUUCAAGCAAUGGUAUCUAGUCGAGGAUGAAGUUGAAUUUCGGGGCAAGUUCCGGUAUGACAAGCUGAUGGGGCGGUGUUCCACUUGUGGCCUUGUAACGCACGUUGGACUGCUGUGCUCCGGGUCGGCGCUGGAUGAGGAUGAUGAUGAUGCUGAGCGGACUGUGUUGGGGUCCCAGGGUUUGCCUCCAGAGGCGACUGGUGGUAUGCCAAUGCAGGGGUGUCAUCUUCUGGCACCGCAAGCAACGACGGGGUUUUUACUGGUAGAGUUCGCUUCUGGCAGCAUGAAGAAGAAGAGAGGACGACCUACUGGUAGUAAAAAUAGGUCAUCUUCUGGUGACAAGACUACGGCCUCAAAGCAUGAGGAGGGCCAUGCGCAGCACAAGUCUCCCAACAGGAAGCAGUCUGUGGGUAAACACUCCAACUCGAAAGGGAAGGAGAUAGUUAUUGUUUAA